GAAAUCUAAAGCUCAUCUCUUAGCUCCUCUGUACUCCUCCUCCACACUUCCCUCCAACGAGUUCCAAAACCCGAGAAGCCAUGUCGCUCACGAUCCCGACGAACCUCGUUCUCAACCCGAGAUCCAACAAAUCUCUCACUCAAUCCUUGCCUAAAUCCACCGCGAGAUUCGUCUGCUCCGACGACAAAUCCGCGACGCAGCAACAGUCCAUGAAGGCUUUCUCCACCGCAGUGGCUCUCUCCUCCAUCCUCCUCUCAGCUCCGAUGCCAGCCGUUGCUGAUAUCUCGGGGUUGACACCUUGCAAGGAGUCGAAACAGUUCGCCAAGAGGGAGAAGCAACAGAUCAAGAAGCUUCAGUCAUCUCUUAAGCUCUACGCUCCGGAAAGUGCUCCUGCUCUUGCUCUUAACGCUCAGAUCGAGAAGACUAAACGCAGGUUCGACAACUAUGGCAAGUAUGGACUUCUCUGUGGCGCAGACGGUCUACCCCACCUGAUAGUGAACGGAGAUCAGCGGCAUUGGGGAGAGUUCAUAACUCCAGGCCUUCUCUUCCUCUACAUUGCUGGAUGGAUCGGGUGGGUUGGAAGAAGCUACUUGAUAGCAAUCAGCGAUGAGAAGAAACCAGCAAUGAAAGAGAUCAUCAUUGAUGUUCCAUUGGCUAGUCGCCUCAUCUUCCGUGGUUUCAUUUGGCCUGUUGCUGCUUACAGAGCGUUACUCAAUGGCGAUCUCAUUGCCAAGGAUGUCUAGAAAAACAAAAACAAAUCUAUAUUUGUUGUUUUGGUUUGCUUCUCUCUCUUUCUCUCUAUCUCAUGUUUUCCAGUGUAUGUAUUGAUAUCUCUAAUUAACUCUUCCAUUUCUAAGAAUAUCUUUGGAUUAAAUGUUAAA